AUGGGUGAGAAUGGCGUCCCAACAAUAGAUCUGCACCAGUUUCCAGGACAGUAUGAGAAACUGAGGAAAACAUGCGUGGAUUGGGGUUGUUUCAGGCUUGUGAAUCACAAUAUCUCUUUGUCUCUCAUGGCAGAUAUGAAGAUGGUUGUGAGAUCAUUGUUAGACCUGCCCUCUGAUGUCAAAAAGCGCAACAUAGAUGUCAUAGCUGGGAGUGGCUACAUGGCACCAAGCAAAGUCAACCCUCUUUAUGAGGCUUUGGGACUUUAUGAUAUGGGGUCUUCAGAAGCUGUGGAAACUUUCUGCUCCCAAUUGGAUGCCACUCCUUACCAAAGAGAGAUUAUAGGGAUGUAUGCUAAGGCAAUCCAUGAGGCGGCCAAGGAUAUAGCUCAAAAGUUGGCUGAAUGUAUGGGGUUGAGUGGUGAUUUGUUUGAGAAAUGGAUUUGCCAAUUCAGGAUCAACAAGUACAACUUCACCCCUGAAACUAUAGGCUCCUCUGGAGUCCAAAUACAUACAGAUUCUGGGUUCCUGACCAUCCUUCAAGAUGAUGAAAAUGUUGGUGGACUUGAAGUGAUGAACCCGUCUGGUGUGUUUGUAGCAGCUGAUCCGGCACCAGGCACCCUCCUGGUCAAUCUUGGAGACAUGGCUACGGCAUGGAGCAAUGGAAGGCUUCGUAACGUGCAACAUCGAGUGCAAUGCAAGGAAGCCACAAUUCGGAUUUCAAUUGCUUCAUUCCUGUUGGGUCCGAAGGAGGAGGUGGAAGCUCCGCCGGAACUUGUGGACUCCGAACACCCGCGGCUCUACGUCCCUUUCACUUAUGAAGAUUAUAGAAAGCUGAGACUUACCACAAAAUUGCAGGCUGGUGAAGCCCUUGAACUUAAACGUAUCCAGUCCUAA